CCCCGCGUCUGCCGUCACUCCGCCCGCCGCCGCCGCCCGUUCAGCCCGACAUGGCGAAGACGUACGAUUACCUCUUCAAGCUGCUGCUGAUCGGCGACAGCGGCGUCGGCAAAACCUGCCUCCUCUUCCGCUUCUCGGAGGACGCCUUCAACACCACCUUCAUCUCCACUAUAGGAAUUGAUUUCAAAAUACGAACGGUAGAGCUCGAUGGCAAGAAAAUCAAGCUCCAGAUAUGGGACACGGCCGGCCAAGAAAGAUUCCGUACCAUCACAACCGCAUACUACAGAGGAGCUAUGGGAAUAAUGCUGGUAUAUGACAUAACAAAUGAGAAGUCCUUUGAUAACAUAAAGAACUGGAUAAGGAAUAUAGAAGAGCAUGCAUCAUCGGAUGUGGAAAGGAUGAUCCUGGGAAACAAGUGUGACAUGAAUGAGAAAAGACAAGUGUCAAAAGAGCGAGGGGAGAAGUUAGCGAUAGAUUACGGGAUUAAGUUCCUGGAAACCAGUGCAAAAUCCAGCAUAAACGUUGAAGAGGCAUUUAUCACACUUGCACGAGAUAUCAUGACAAAGCUAAACAGGAAAAUGAAUGAAAACAGCCCUCCAGGAGGUGGUCAAGUGAAAAUCACCGCCAAGAACCAGUCAAAGAAAAGCAGCUUCUUCCGCUGUACGCUGCUUUGAUGGACUUACAAUGACAGACUGCAGCAUCCUUAGGGCAACCUUCUUUGCUUUCCCGAAAGCACAUUGUUGAUCAGCCUCUGAAAAUAAUUCCACCUGCUGCUGCUGCUGCCGAGAGCUCGCUGUUUGCAGAUAGCCUGUUGGUCUUCCCCGAGUGAGGUGGGCAGAUACACAAGUGCCAUCCCUAGCCCACCCCCUCACUUCGCUCUUCCCAUCUUCCCCCUCCCCCCACCCCCAAACCCACCCAAGCCCAGUUGGCUCAUGUUGACAAUUGUGACAGAAAAUGGAGGAAUUGGAGAUGCAGGACUAUGCGGUGUGGACUUGUUGAAUCUGGACUGCCUACUGUAGAACCAUUGUCAGUGUUGGGAACCAUCCAUACAGUAUCAAUACAGCCAAAAUCACCUUUGAUGCCAACAAACUCCUUGCAACUUGUGUUUGUGUUCCCAUUCCCAAAUGCUUUAGCCUUCUAUCUCUUGUCCUUCUCUCCGCUCUCCUCUUUAAAGCAACUACAUCUGGAUCUCAUUUUUUUCCUGUUUCAAUUUAGCCAUGCAGAUUGGCCUAGCCAGGUUAACGUGAAUGUUGAAAGCUAUGGCCCUGGACAGGUUGAACUUCUCUGAAUGCCCGUUUUGUUUGGCCGCAUGCCCUGAACUAAAAGCUACGAAGAUGACUUGUAUCUCGAUGUUUGACCAGUGAACCUUUCUUGCGAUGGGUUGCAUCGGCCAGCCUGGAAUUGGGGCGUGAGUUAGAUGUGGAUUGUUUGUAGCACUGGGACUUGUUGACGUUGUGUUAAGAUGGAAAAAUCUGAUGUGGACCCUGUUGUUUGCCGGUGACAUUUGCCUCUCCCUUUAACUGAAAGCAUCUGUGUGAGAGCAUGUGGAGCUGAGGCACUAUAUGCUUAGCUGUGAUGGAUCAAGGGCCACUCAAUACCCACGGGCCAUGUGCCAGCAAGGAAUUAGCUCCUUGAGAGGCAGAGUGAUGAAACAGCUGGUGAUAGAGAACGUGGGCAAAGCGCUCAGAAUAGGCGACUGGAUUGUAAAGGGUGCGGGUAGACGGAGGAGGAUGUGUGGCACGGUGGCACAGCGGUAGAGUUGCUGCCUCACAGCGCCAGAGACCCGGGUUUGA